AUGACUGGACUGGACGCGCCGCCGAACGCAUCGCGGCUCAAGGAGGAGGAGGAGGAGCCGCGGCAGUCGGUGCUCCAGGAGGAGGGCUUCCAGCCCGGGACUUUGGACGCCUCCAGCCUGGCUGCCGAGGUCCACCGCGCCUCCGCACGGUACACCGUCCACGACCUGCAGGAGGAACCGGAGCCAGUCCCGGCUGAGGAGGUCCACCGCAGCUCCGAGACGUACAUCGUCCACGAUUUGCAGGAGCCAGAGCCGGUCCAGCAGCCUCCCAGGGAGGAGCAGAAGCGCGAGGAGCACCGAAAGGGAGAGGCACGGCGGCACAAGGAGAAUAAGGCUCGCACAACGGGCCGGCCGCGCGGCCACGAUGCCAGGCCUCUCCCUCCUGAGGGCUUGGCCAUGUCCGGCGACCCGACGGGAUACGAGGUCCUGCUGCGUGCGGCGGUGUGGGCAUGCAGCAUACAGCGGACGGCGACCCUGGCUGCGUGCGUCGCCGAUUUGGAGCGCGCGGGGGCGGCGGUGGAGGCGCUGACGCGCCUGAGGCGCGUGGCCGAUUAUCGCGCAUCGCUCGGGCACGUCAACCCGAUGGGCGACUUGCUGCUGAUAGCGGUCCCGCUGGCGAUGCUGCUCGUCACUGCCUUUAUCGCCCUCUCCCUCGGCAAUGGAUGGCUCUCGCAACGCGCGGGGCGGCGGGCCUUCUACUCCUAG